AUGCCUGACGACUUCACCGUGCAAUCAGCUCCUCUUCGGCAGCCGCGUCAGCCUCUGAGCCCAGAUACAGAUCUUAGCCAGGGUCGCAACCAAGCGCCACGUCAAGGUCUCUACCAAUGCUCACAAUGCGAUCGGCGUUACAACCGCGCCGAGCAUCUCGCGCGCCAUGUCCGUUCUCACACCCAGACUCGCCCUUAUAUGUGCCAAAUAUGCCUCAAGCCUUUUGCUCGUCGUGACGUUUUGAAGAGGCACCAAGCGACACAUGAGCGCUACCAAAAUGGACACCCUCAGACCAUCUCGCAACCGUUCAUCCAAAGCUUUAGAGCAGGCCGCGCUUGCAAACCAUGCGCCGCUGCCAAAGCUAAAUGCUCUGACCAGAAGCCUUGCCAAAGAUGUCUUACCAAAGGCCUGGAGUGUUCAUACCCAGAUGAUCCCGAGCCGGAACCGGAACCGAGCCUGGACCUGGAUACCACGGAGAUGGAGAACCCUUCAUUGCACGAGAGGCAGGUUCCAAAUACCCUUCCAAAUAGCCAAAGGUUGGAUGGAGACAUGGAAGACACCAUCGUUGUAUCUCAUAUCGAAUGUAUAGAGCAGACAGAAGGAUCCUAUCGGCAACCCCAAGAUGACGCAAACACCAUACUUAACCCAGGCUUCGAUGACCAAGUAGCGUCAUUGAAUGGUUUCCUUGGUCCUAUGGAGUUUCCCGACUUAUUCGACUUCUCAGUGCAGCACCCUCAGACAGCAGAUAACUUUUCCCUCCAAGAUUGGGAUAUGGGAAAUGUUGGCCUCUCGCCCUCCGAGGUGUACCACGAUCCGUCAAGUAGCAAUUUGAUGCAUCCUACACUACAAGAUGGCCAGGAAACCGUCAAUGACACAUUUGAAACCACCAGCCCCUACACGGAUCUAUCCGUGACUGGGAAAUGGGAGCCGCAGCCCAAGGAGAGCGGCGAGACGGAACAUGCUCACUUGGCCGCUGGCGAUGAAGGUCUUGUAUCGAGCCAUACCCUCGACACGUCGCCAUUGGAGGCUGGACUCUCGACAGCUGGACGCGACAUUGUCCUCAACAUGGUCCUUAGCACCACGUCGCGAGCCACUUCUGUCCUGAUAGUCGCCGCCUUUCCCUCGGUCGAGACUCUCAACAAGCUCAUUCGUAUAUACACCCGAGGCGAGAGCUCCUCUUAUAUUGACGGAAUUCUUCAUUACCCGACCCUAGUUUUCAAUCGUCAGCGACCGGAGCUAUUGGGCGCCAUAAUUGCCAUGGGAGCCACUAACGCUGGGAGGCUCACGGCACGCAAGUUCGGUUAUGCCAUGCAGGAGGUCGUGAGGGCAUCCUCGUUCCGCUCGUGGGAAGAAGACAACGGAAAUUGCAGUGAACUAGGCCUUGCCCAGGGCUUCGUCAUCCAGCAGUACAUCGCCUUCUUUAGCGGCGUGAGACGAAAGAUCGCCCUGGCAGUGUCAUGCGCAAACUGUAUUCAGACCAUGACCAAGUGCGGCCUUGAUCCCCAGGCCGCUCUUCGCAGUCCCUACGGUCCUCUUAAUCUUGCCGAGCUUGAUGGACAUCUUCUUGAAAAUGCAUGGCGUGAAUGGGCGGUUGGUGAGUCCCAUCGCAGGCUCUGCUACGCCUCCUAUAUAUUGGCUGCUCAUGUGUCAUUGUCACACGGAAUCCAAUCCAUCGUACCAUGUGUAGACAUGAACCUGCCACUACCAGCACCUGACGAGCUGUGGACUACAAAGACGUCGAACGAGUGGAAGCAGGCCAUGUUGGGUCUGAUUAAGUCACACAGACCCCCAAGGCCAGUUUGCCUCGGAGAUGUACUGGCUGACCCGGUAGUACUGACCACGCACGGCGGAUUUACCAAUACUGACUUCGCAGCGUCAAGCUUCCUCGCCGGAAUGUGGACUCUGAUUAGAGAGCUACAGCAAUUUGACCGCAUCACUCAUAAGACUUCUACAUGGAGUUCACUCCUCGUAUCUUCGCGAAGAGCCGAGCUGUUGUCGGUGCUUAACCUCUUUGAAUCGCAAUACAUCGCAUCACAAGGAGCAGUCUCUUCCAAGAUGCGUCUUUUAUGCGAAGCCAUAUCGAUGCAUGCCAUGGUAACCCCAGAUGACUUGGUGCUGCCAAAGCUUACAACACUUCCGCUACUAAACAAGGUGUCUGUCCCUUCAACAACAAUCAAUGGUCUUAAGCUAUCUACCAACUUUGAGUAUCGCGCUGCGUUGUGGCGCACAGGCCGUAUAUUGCACGCAGCGGCCCGAUGCGUCCCUGGAGAGCUGAGCGGUGUGCACAUCGUUGCGCUCUUCCACGCUGCUAUCCUGCUCUGGUGGUAUGGCGUCAAGUUGCUAUGUCACAAUGGGCAUGUCAGCGGCACAAGUGUAUCUCGUGUUUUCGUAUGCAUCCUUAAUGGGGACAGCUCACUGGAGCAUCAAGUGCUGGGUGGACAAUUCGAGCUAGCGCUGUCGGGUCAAGGCCCUGAUUCGCCGCCUGUUCCAUUGAUAGAUGUCCCGGGUACUAUGGAAUGUAUUAGGGGGAUCGUAGUGCAGAACUGGAGAGACAGGCAAAUGCCCAUUCUUGUGCACGAGAUCUGCUGCGUAUUAACAAACCUCGGCACAGCAGCCCACGGCUUGGAGUUUGAGUUGUAG